AUGAAAGUUCUUAUUCUAAUCGCUCAUGCAGAUACAACUCAUCAAGCUACAGCGUUUCGUAUUGCAAAGGCAGCUAAAGAGGCUUUGCUUGCUCAAAAUCACGAAGUCCGCGAAGUUGUUUUAAUUGAAGAAGGUUUCGACAGAGUUCUUACAGAAAGUGACUUUAAGGUCAAGAAAACAUCUUACUUUGAUUACUUCGAGAACUCCAAAGAUGGAAAUCUCGUAGAUACAAUCACAAAACAAGUUGAUAACAUUAAUUGGUGCACACACAUCCUUGUUAUCGGUCCAAUGUGGUAUUUCAGAUUCCCUGCUUGCUUUGAAGCCUGGAUUGAACGUGUUUUGAUCAAUGUUGACGGCCAAUCCAAGAAAGUUUCAUUUGUAAUUUCAAAUGCAGGUGAUGAACAAUAUUAUUCAGAAAAAGGAAGUGGCUCUAUCGAACAGUUACUGUUUUCCGAAUACACAGCAUUCACUUACGGCAAAUUCCAGGUAAAUAGACCACUUGGAUAUUAUAAUGCAGAAAUCGGACCAAAGAUUGAUCACGAAAAGGAGAAAGCAUGGAUUGAGAAGUUCAAAGUUGCCGUUUGCCAACUCGAUCACUGGCAAUUAUGGGGAACUAAUGAUAACAAACCACCGCUUAGCCCAGAGACUAUCGUUAUGAGCGAUAAAAAGACUGAUUUAUAA